AUGGAAGCGAAGAGACGAGUCCCAGAAAGCAGUCUUGAAGAAGAAGAAGAAGAAGAAGAAGAAGAAGAAGAAGAAGAAGAUGAUGAUGAUGAUGAUGAUGAUGAUGAUGAUGAUGAUGAUGAUGAUGAUGAUGAUGAUGAUGAUGAUGAUGAUGAUGAUGAUGAUGAUGAUGAUGAUGAUGAUGAUGAUGAUGAUGAUGAUGAUGAUGAUGAUGAUGAUGAUGAAGACACGAUCGCUGGAACAAGAGCUUUAUUUACCUGA